UCUCUUCUGAUUCUCCCCCAACUUCACUCCUCAUAUCUUCAACCAUGUCGGACGACGCAUCAGUGGCAGGAAAGAGAAAGCGCGCGAGGACCCAGUCGUGCCCUCCGCCCGAGCUGCCUCAACUCGUUGCGGAGCAGCAUGUCGCCAUUCCCACACACGACAAGGACACCCAGCGUUUGAUCGUCAUUCUUUCCAAUGCCAGUCUGGAAACCUACCGUGCCUCCGCCGGCCGUGGUGGCAAAGAUGAGAAGUACUCUCUGCUGAACAGUGAUGAGCACAUCGGUAUCAUGCGCAAGAUGAACCGGGAUAUCAGCGAGGCUCGGCCGGAUAUCACCCACCAGUGCCUUCUCACUCUUCUGGACUCCCCCGUCAACAAGGCUGGCCGCCUUCAAAUUUUCAUCCACACGGCCAAGGGGGUUCUGAUCGAGGUCAACCCGUCCGUCCGCAUCCCCAGAACUUUCAAGCGGUUCGCCGGUCUGAUGGUCCAGCUGCUCCACCGCCUGUCGAUUCGCUCCACCAACUCACAGGAGAAGCUCCUCAAGGUCAUCAAGAACCCGAUUACCGACCACCUGCCCCCGCACUGCCGCAAGGUGACGAUGAGUUUCGACGCCCCAGUGGUCCGCACCAAGGACUACAUCGAGUCGCUGGGUCCCAAGGAGAGCAUUGCAAUCUUCGUCGGUGCCAUGGCCAAGGGCCACGACGACUUUGCCGACUCGUUCAAAGAUGACACCAUCAGUAUCAGCAACUACAGUCUGAGUGCCAGUGUGGCCUGCAGCAAGUUCUGCCACGCGGCGGAAGAGGUGUGGGACAUUCUGUGAGCGGCAUCAGGCUGAAAUUGCGCAGCUGUAAGCGCGCCUCUUCUGCCCCUCCGUGCGCAGAUUCGGCAUAUUCCCCGGAAUUGCCAUGAAUCCAAACGAAUUUCCUUGCGACGAGUUGACACAACGGGUCGGGGUUCCAAGCUUGGCCUUCGAUCCAUUGACCAACGGGUCCGUCUCCGGUACAUGAAUUUCGACAAUUUCUGUUUUUUUCCCUUUUCGGCUGCCGUCCCGAGACUCCCAUUUAUCUACUCUUCUCAUUUUGUGUUUUUUGAAGAUCCAUUGACUGUCGGGAUGCUCGAGAACGGGACGACCAGCGUCGAUAUUGCUCUAGCAGCAUGCUAAGGGGGGCACUUGGAUGGGUCCCCUUCGACAAAGAGACACUCGGACUGGAUGGCAUUUGGUUCCUUUUCGCCGGCCAGUCCUGAAUCAGAGCUCUCAGCCCGCGAGUGUGGCGAGACCAGAAAAAGUGAACAUAUAGAGGAGCCUUGCUCCUGUGGUUAGGCACAUACUGUGUGAAAUACAAUGACUUUCGGUUGCUC